GGAGACGACCUGUGUGCAGAGAGGGUGCUAGCAUACGCCAUGGUGAUGGCUGUGUUGCUCAACUUUAUGUUCCCACCAUCUUCUCUAGCGGUUUCGGCCAUUUCAGCAAUAAGCAUCGUGACAGUAGCAAACGCUGGCUUCUCCGAAAUUAGAGGGAAGCAUUUGAACUAUUCAAAGUUUUGGAAUGUGAAUACCAGUGGACAGAGGGAAAUCAAGUUGUCAAGUAAAGUGGGUAUGCUUAUGCUGUAUACUCCUGCUUUUCUUGCUGGUUUUGCUUCCUUUUGGAUCUUUCCUCAUGAGGGUGUUAGAUCCACCAUCCUUCAAUCUGCUGUCACCCUUCAUUUCUUCAAGAGGAUAUUUGAGGUUCUGUUUAUUCACAAAUUUAGUGGCGGCAUGCUUCUUAAUUCUGCAAUCCCCAUCACUUCGAGUUAUUUCCUAUCAGCUGCGACUAUGGUAUAUUCUCAACACCUAACACAAGGGCUUCCAGAACCACAAAUCAAUCUACUAUAUCCUGGGAUUGUGUUGUUUCUAGUGGGCAUCAUAGGCAACUUCUACCACCAUUACCUUCUAUCCAAAUUGAGGGGAAAUGGUGAAAAGGAGUACAAGAUUCCAAAGGGUGGCUUUUUUGGGCUUGUGAUAUGCCCCCACUACCUUUUUGAGAUUAUUGUGUUUUAUGGGAUUUCCUUCAUUUCUCAGACACUAUAUUCAUACUCUUUUGCUAUAGGCACUACUUUCUACUUGUUGGGUCGGAGUUAUGCAACUAGGCAGUGGUAUCUUUCUAAGUUUGAAGAUUUCCCAAAUAAUGUCAAGGCUGUCAUCCCAUUUGUAUUCUAAAUGUUGUAAGUAUAAAAUAAUUUAAGUUAUUGUAUUGGCAGAUUUUGGCAUUGGGAGUUUUGAAUUUGGGGUUUUUGAAUUUUUCUCAUUUUAGUAACAAGUGUAUUAAGUGCCGAAUCCUUGUGCUGCCAUGUUCCAUGUAAUUACAGAUUAAGCCCACUUGUUAUGCUAAUUUGUUUUUACUUUUAAUUACAUAAUUAAUUUUUUAUUUUUAAAGUUUUGUAAUAGUGAAAAUAAAAUAGAAGUUAUUUUAACAUACAAAUCUUUAAAAAUAAGAAACAGAAUGAAAAUAAAAUAAAAAAUAUUUU